AUGGCGGCGCUCGCUAAGCUCAUACAUUAUGUGGCUGCUGAACAACUUGCCACGUCGUUCGAUGUUGCGGCGGCGAUGCUAUUGGUAUACGACUGCUCACUGACGUUGGGGAUGGAGAUUGAGUUUGUGUGGUCAUCGCCAUGGGGGUUUGUGAAUAUGGUUUAUAUCAUUCAGCGAUAUCUGCCUUUCUGUGACGCGAUUUUUCUCUGUCUGACUCACCAAUUGGCAGUAAACAUCGACCCAGAUAGCUGCCGUAUUGUUGAAAUGAUACGAGGAUGGUUGAUGAUUUUUGGCUUUAUUUUGUCCGAAGUAAUCUUGACCCUGCGCGUAUGGGCAGUGUGGAAACGAGAUCGACAUAUGGGCGUCUUUCUAAUAUCUCUAAUUACGCUCACAACCGUGGCGGAGAUAUAUGUGAUGAGAAUCUUCCUUCGCGACCUACAAUUUAGUACAAAGCCAUACCCAGAAUUUGUCGGUUGCUUUCUCACCAGUGCGAAUCACAUCCUGUACUUGGAUUGGGUUGUAUUCAUGAUUUACGACGCUACGACGGUCGGAACGACGCAUUCAUUGUGUGCUGAGGGAGCAAAAGCCCUUUCAAUAGUCAACGUCGUAGUCGUGCGCGCGCUCCCUACAGAGUAUUUUGCGGUUAUCUCCUCAAUGACAACGCGUGAAUUGGUGUUGAUAAAUUACGUUGUGUGGAAAUGUCUAUAUAUGCGCCGCGAUGCUAUCAGGCCAGGUGUUUAA